UCUUUUAUUAUAGAAGUAGUAGCAAUUAAUGAGAGUGUGUGUGUAAGUGUGAAUAAAUUUAAGUGGCCUAUAAAGAAGCACAAAGGCACCAACUUGUGGCUGCCGUGCCCAAUCCCUAUCUUCUCUCUCUUCUUACUGUCUCGUAGUAUGUGUUGUGUGUGAGAGAGAAAGAGAGGGAGGAGGUGGUGUUGUUGUUGGUGGUUGAGUUAGUGAGUGAGUGCGUGUAUAUAUAUAUAUAAUAUAUAAUUGUCAAAGCAAGGAAGAGAGAGAAAAAAGGUAUAGAGAGAGAGAGAGAAAUGGGAAGAUCCCCUUGUUGCUCCAAAGUGGGAUUGAGGAGAGGACCAUGGUCUACCAAAGAAGACACACUUCUCUCUAAUUACAUACAACUACACGGUGAAGGCCAAUGGAGAUCUCUCCCAAAGAACGCCGGGCUACUGAGGUGCGGAAAAAGCUGUAGAUUGAGAUGGAUGAACUAUCUGAGGCCAGGGAUAAAGAGAGGAAAUAUAAGCGAAGAUGAAGAGGAUCUAAUCGUACGGUUGCACGGACUCCUGGGCAAUCGAUGGUCCCUAAUAGCCGGCAGAUUGCCAGGUCGAACUGACAAUGAGAUCAAGAACCAUUGGAACACCCACCUCCUCAAGAAGUUGAAGGGGAUCCAACACCGAGCUGCUAAAUCCACCAACAACAAUACCAAGAAGACGACAGUCAAGAAGCAGAAGAAGAAGAAGGUUGCAGCCGCGCCGCCACCGCCACCGCCGCCGGAGGUCAAGGUAACAACCACCCAAGCAGAAGGUAUUAUUAAUACCGGCACUACUACUGAUCAGCCUAUCAAGCCGAAGCCGAUAAGAGUUUCCGCUGUGUUCUCAAGGACCAAUAGCUAUGACAGCUUGGCCAGUAAUUGGACGACAUCUAGCAGCGAAGCGGCGGCAGCGGCGGCGGCGGAAGUUGUAUCCUUUGUGCCCUGGCCGCCGAUGUUUCAGCUGGGGGGGGACGGUGUCUGCUAUGGCGGCGGGGAAGAAGAUGAUUUUCUCGCCGGUGGGUUCAUUCUGCCAUUGCUCAACCACCAUGAAGGUGAUGUCAACACGUUGGACCAAGUCUAUGAUGAGUAUUUGCAGCUUCUCUAGCCAGCUAGCUAGCUAGCUGGAGGAGCAAGCUAAGCUUAUCAAAUUAAAUAAAAAAAAAAAAAAAUAUUGUCCAAGUGUUUCUUGUUGUGUGUUUAAUAUUCACUUAAUUUUCUGCAUUAUUACUUGUGAUAACCAGCAAUUGCUGUUUGUUCGUUGCUGUAUUUAUUUAUCAAUCGUGUUAUUUACUUUCUUAAUUCAUCAUAUAUUAUAUGGACUUUUG